CGCGCGCGCGAACUGAACUGAUCGCAGUGCAUUGCAGCCCGUCGUCCGACCGUGUUGUCCCGUAUGUGUUCUAUAUUUAAUUAAUUGCAUAUCUUUAUAUUUAGUAUUUCGAUUUUAAUUUUUAUAGUUUUUUUAUUUUUAUUAUACGCCAAAUUUCCCCGAAAGUAUUUUGAUUUUGGGGAAAUUUUAAAUAAGAACUAACGUGCAUGCAAAUGGUAUCACAUCUUUGUCGUUAUGAAGGAACACCGAACCAAAGGACUUAGAGUCACAACUACUGAAAGCAUAAUUAGCAACAAAAAUGACACUAUGACCGAGGGUGCAGAAGGUUGCAGCGACGACCCUCUGGCUUCAUUGCAGUUAGACGUUGCAUCGGGUGGUCCGUCGUCGCAGAACCAACAGCCAGAAAGUCAAGCGGAAGUGUCCACAUUAUGCAUAUCACCGACGGAUGACGAUAUCGACAAAAUAAUUGCUGGUGAAUGGCACGGAGGAGAAUGCAAAACAGGCUGCUAUAGCAGGUGUGCAUUUAGAGAAUGGAGACUAGUCGGUGACAAACUUCAGUUAUUCUGUUUUAAAGACUAUGAUGCGCUGUUAGCUACUCGACCAGCAAUAAUCAAUAUACAAUUUUGUUUUCGAUUCAAAUCAAGCCCAAAAUGUUUGAAGCAUCCGAACGUACCAAAUGCUAAUUGUUUUAUAUUCUUCGAUAUAGUUUCAGGUGACAUCCAUAAAAAUUGGAUGCAAGUGGUGCGCCGGUUGAAAGAAACGUCAGCUAACGCUACACCUGCUCAGCUGCGACGCUGGUCGCGAGCUGUGGACGAAAAUGGCAACACAGCACUCAUAUUGGGCGCCAAACGGCUAAUGAAUUGCGGUUUGUUUAAACGUGCGUACCAAUUUGCAGUUAUGAUGUUAAAGUUCGGUAGCGAUGUGAACUGGUUGAACAACGGUGGUAGAUCAUUGAUCACGUACGCUGUUAACUACAUGGAUCAAGCGAUCGACAUCACUAGACUUUUAUUGAACAGUGGAGCGACAGUCUGGCUCGAAGACUGCAACUCAGAUGCAAGACUUAACUAUGUAAAAAUAGUGAAAGAAUAUCGUUCGAGAACGGAAACCGAUCUGAGAUGUUUAACCGACGAUCCGGUAGAAAGUCCUCUUGACAGUAUAUUCACUUGGUUCCUACGUUCUGUAAUGAUCAGAAGGCGUUUAGAUGACAGUUGUUUAGGCACACUGGAUUUACUCUCGCAGUCAAUGGGUGAGGAUCCGACUAGGAUGCACUCGCACGUCAUGCGCACCAUGUUCAGCCACGCCCAGUGCUACAACAUAUUCGGACCGGUGUUCUUCCAGAUCAAAAAAGUCUUGGCACCCCAGUGGGUGCAACCACAUUCGUUGCAGCAGUUGUGCCGCAAGUCCAUACGGCGGUCACUGUUCAGCGGUUGUCAAAGUAACGCGCAUCCGGAAACGGUAGCCGAGCUGAACCUACCCAAGCCCUUAGAGUCUUAUGUUUCGUACCACAAUUGAUGAGCUUCCUCCGUCGUACUUCCACAUGCCCUUGUUCGGCGCGUUUGAACAAUAUCAAACGACUAUUUUCGAGCGCGCUAAUGCCAGAAUUUCCGAUCCAAGCAUAAUAAUAUACGAAUUACUCACGCGUGUUUUUCGUCCAUUCUGUUAUUGAACAUUUCAUACAGACGUCGCUUACCGUCAUCACGCGCCAGACAUUCACGUUCGCGUCGUUUUCAAUAACUACCUACAUUCUACUAAUAUUACAUUUGAGAACUGACGCUUCCGUGCCUACAGGCAAACCUACGUAUAUAUUAUGUGUAUACUUAUUAUAAUGCUGUAAUUGAAUGUAUAACAAUCAAUUCACCUUACCCGUACCUACACAAAUAUUAACUAUAGUAUUAUGUAAUAUGGAAUCGAUACGCAGCAUUUUGUUUUAUUCCUCGAUAAAGUAAUAGUUAGCACUGCCCGUCAAAUGCCUUGAUUGAUUGAGUGAAUUUUAAUAAAAUAAUUUCCCCACCUAAAAUGUAAUGGAAUGAUAAUCAGUAUGAUUUUUUGAGUCCUCAGAGUAAGCUCGAAAUUUGAUUUAUUUUGAUCACAAAAUAUUCUUGCCACGCAAUGUUAUAUAAUUGUAUAUUAACGUCACAAAAACGUUCAUUAUAG